AUGGCUUCCGAAAAUCGAGUUAGCAAUGCGAAUUUAAAUGAGUUGAUUGUUGGAAGCGAGAACGCAAAGCUAAGUGGAAAAGGGGCAGGCCAGAAGAUCCAAACUAGGAGUCAGCAGAAUCGCAACUCAGCUUCCACGGCCACUACACAAAUGUCUAUAAGAGAUGUGUUGUCAAGCAGUGGAAUUUGUGAUUCAUUAAUAUACAAACACGUGGAUGGUAGAGGACAGCAUUCAAUAUCUGGAAUUACAGCUCUUAAAUCAUCACACCGCGGUCCAUCCUUGAAGGAUAGUAGUAGCAAAUUUUGUGGAACCCAAUCCAAGAUCUGUGGGACCAAAAUCAAACCCUAUAUUACAAACUUUGAGGCAAAGUAUAUGCUUUCAUUCACUAUCAUAAGGUUAUUAAAAAAUUCAAAAGAACAGGAAAAAGGCGAUGGAGGCUCCAACCCAUUUGAGUCUUGGCCGGUUAGUGGCCUUUGUAAGGGAGAGGUCAUGCCCAGGUCAUCACUCAUAUACAAUCAAUUGCUAGGAGAAAUGAAAGGGAACCAACCGAAUACAAGGUUCAGGCAAUCAAUAAUUAGGAGGGUGAAAACAUGUUAUGCAUUUGAUGAAUUUCCCAACCAAGAAAAUGAAGAGAAUUUGAGAGGGAUUGAGUUUUUGCGAUUGAUGGAACAUCAUGGGAUUCACGUGAAUUGUGAUUCGGAUAAUGCGGUUAAGGUUUUUGAUGAUGGGAUAAAAACACCAAUGAUGAUGAAGGUUUCCUCUGUGUUUGGCAAUAUGGAUACAAUGACCCAUGCACACGAAGCAGCAGACAAUGCCCGAAAUACGUAUGAGAUUGGCCCGGCUCUCACUAAUGUUAUUAGCGUGCUCUUAAGGAAAACUGAUUAG